AUUUGCCUCCUCCGGCCAGCAGAGGCAGACAAGCUGCACUUAUCUGUUUAUAAUCAGGCUGAAUAAGAAGCGGCUACUUGGCGUUCGUUAGCAACACACUAUCCGAGUAUAGGCGCUGCGGAGUGACUCUUCGCAGAUGUACGGGUUGUCGGUACAAUUCGUGUAGCUAAUACUUUUCGUUAAACGACAUAUACUGCUCAACAUCGGCUUCGUUGAUUCCAGCAUUCUAGCACAAAACGGACUAUCUUUCAGUCACUUCCUCGAACAUAAAAGGUUUUACGGUUAAGACCCGCCUCCGUAAACCUGAUUGGCUUUGGCACAUCUCGGGAAACCCUUUCUUGUUUGUGAUUGGACAGCUAACGACUUGUCUAUUGAAUGACGUAGCCACAAAGGUUAUGAUAUGUAACGAGGACAUACACGGUUCAGGAAUAUUUCCUGAUAGGAGACAAGUUAUGAAGGAUAUGAGGGCCUGAUCUGUAAUGAAACAUUUUGGGAUACUCCAUAUGGAUUCUUCAUGUUGAUCUUUGCUCUGCCCAAACUGAGUAGAGCAGUGGUGCGUGUGAGGAGAUUGGCGGCUCAUCUCAGCACAGCACCAAUGUCGACAAACCACCAGGGCUCCAGUCCGUCCUCUGCAUUCAACGGGGAUGCUCCCACUGCAGCCAUUCUCAUCAUUGGAGAUGAGAUACUCAAGGGUCACACAGUGGACACCAACAGUGCCUUUCUGACACGAGCACUAAGGAAGCUUGGAGUGUCUGUGCAGCGCAUAACAGUCAUACCAGAUAUACAGGAGGUCAUUGCCAAAGAGGUGGCUCUCCUUUCGUCUCAGUAUACACACCUCAUCACCUCGGGAGGCAUAGGCCCCACCCAUGAUGACGUCACCUUUGAGAGCAUCGCCAUGGCGUUCAAAGAGGAGUUAUAUCCCCACCCUGAGCUCAUCCAGCUGGUUAAAGAAUUCUUUGGGUUGGUAGACAAAAACAGUGCUGCCAUGAAGCUGGCCAUGGUGCCUCGCUCAGCCAAACUCAACUAUGGAACUGACCCUCAGACUGGACAACUGCUCCGCUACCCACUGGUCAGUGUGCAUAACGUGUAUAUCUUUCCUGGGAUCCCAUCUCUGAUGGAGAGGGCCUUCAAUGGGCUGGAGAACCUCUUUGCUGGUUCGGGGACCAUUUUUCACACUCGUGAGGUGUUUGUGGAUGCUGAUGAAGCAGAGAUUGCCCCUGUGCUGACCAAACUGCAGGCUGGUUGGGGUAAGAAGGUGGCUCUAGGCUCCUACCCUGACUGGCUGAGUAACUAUCACCGAGUCAGGCUGGUCCUGGACUCAGACGGCCAGGAAGAGGUGGACAAAGCCCGGGCAGAGCUGCUAGAUGAGCUGCCCAAGGGUAGCGUGGUGCCCUUAGUCACUGACCCAGUGUCCAUCGCCCCUGCUGAGGUGUACACACUGGCCAACAGCGGCACAUCGUUGGGCGAGAAAGUUCUGUCUGCUCUGAAAACGAUAGAGGCUGCACUGGAUCAGUAUUCAACAGAGGAAGUCUGCGUCGGCUUCAACGGGGGCAAAGACUGCACGGCACUGCUCCAUCUCUACUAUGCUGCACUGAAACGGCGGUAUCCAGAUGGUAAAGACAAGGUGAAAGCUCUCUAUAUCCGUAUCGUCUCUCCAUUCCCAGAAAUGGAAAGAUUCCUGCAGGACACAAUAAAAAGAUAUGACCUGGAUCUGUUCUCCGUGGAGGGCAGUAUUCGGCAGGCGCUGAGCGAGGUGCAGGAGAGGAGGCCGGAGCUGAGAGCCGUCCUGAUGGGGACCAGAAGGAGUGACCCCUACUCACACACGCUCACACCCAUGUGUCCCACAGACCCCGGCUGGCCAGACUACAUGAGAGUCAACGCGUUACUAGACUGGACAUAUCAUGACAUUUGGUCAUUCUUGAGGACGUUAUAUCUGCCCUACUGUAUUCUCUACGAUAAAGGAUACACUUCACUGGGCAGUAUGGACAACACCUGUCGAAACGCGGCCCUCCAGAUGGUGGAUGGGAGAGGGGUGACGCGGUACAAGCCAGCCUACCUCCUGGAGAAUGAAGAAGAGGAGCGGAACUCCCGGGCAUGAUGUAGUCUCACUUCUCACUGUGUCACCUGUUGCAGUCAGAUUUUCAGAUCUCAGAUCACCACUUGCACACAUGUAUAUGUUAAACAUAACCUGGACAUUUUUUUCUAGUCUUCCUGUGAAUAUUUGCAAAAGACUGAACAUGCCUGACUGCAGAACGAUAUUGGGAAGGAAGUCUGGUUGUGUGUGUGUAUGUUUGUUGGCUUGUGUAAACCUGUGAGUCUAAAGUAAUGGCUCUCUGUACUGUUGAAUAAAACAUCAAUCUGUGUCAUCUUU